UCUUUGUUGUACACUGACUGUAUGCCUUCUCACGCACUCACACACACAUUUCUACCCGGCUGCUUUUCCGACAAGGCCGGGUGACCAUUGGAAUACAUACGUCAAUGAUUAAAUUCUUAGCAGCUUUUCUCAAGUAAAAAAGGUGGAGUCCAGUCUUCGGCCUGAGCGGAAAGGAUAAUCUCUUUUUACAAAUCAUUCCUCUUUACUAUAACAACAUCUAAAAACACAUAAUGUCUGGCGUUGACGGAGUUCGUAUUGCAGGCCGUCUUGAAGGCGAUCAUAACAAAGUAUUGACACCAGAAGUCGCUGCCUUCUUGGCUGUCUUGCACAGAAACUUUGACGAAACCCGUCAAAAGUUACUUAAUAACCGUGCUUUACGUCAAUCAAGAUUUGACGGAGGCGCUCUUCCAGACUUUUUGCCUGAGACCCGUCACAUUCGUGAAAAUACAACAUGGAAAGCAGCACCACCUGCUCCAGGUUUGCGUGACCGUAGAGUUGAAAUCACUGGACCUGUCGAUAAAAAGAUGGUGAUCAAUGCUUUGAAUUCGGGUGCAUACACUUACAUGGCCGAUUUUGAAGAUUCGAAUUGUCCUACUUGGGCAAACAAUUUGGACGGUCAAGUUAACUUGAGUCAAGCCAUUCAUCGUAACAUCGAUUUCACACAAAAAGAUACCGGAAAAUCAUACAAAUUGAAACCUCUAGGAGAGACUGCCACUUUGAUCGUCCGUCCUCGUGGUUGGCACUUGAACGAAGAACAUUUCGUCGUUGAUGGAAAGCCAAUCUCUGGUGGAUUGUUCGAUUUCGGUAUCUACUUCUUCAACAAUGCAAAGAAGCUUGUUGAGACCGGUUACGGACCAUACUUCUACUUGCCAAAGAUGGAAUCUCAUUUGGAAGCUCGUCUUUGGAAUGACGUUUUCAACUUGGCACAAGAUUACAUCAAAAUCCCCCGUGGUACAAUCCGUGGUACCGUUUUGAUUGAAACAAUCACUGCCGUUUUCGAAAUGGACGAAAUCAUUUACGAAUUGCGUGAUCACUCUUCUGGUUUGAACUGUGGUCGUUGGGAUUACAUUUUCUCAUUCAUCAAACGUCAACGUUACAACAAAGGUGCAAUCUUGCCCGAUCGUGCCGAUGUUACAAUGACCGUUCCAUUCAUGAACUCAUAUGUUGAUUUGUUGAUUCAAACAUGUCACAAGCGUGGUGUUGCAGCAAUCGGUGGUAUGGCUGCUCAAAUCCCAAUCAAGAAUGAUGAAAAGGCAAAUGCAGCAGCAAUGGACAAAGUUCGUGCUGAUAAACAACGUGAAGUUUCAAAAGGUCACGAUGGUACAUGGGUUGCUCACCCUGCCCUUGUGCAAAUCGCUUUGGAAGUUUUCAACAAAGGAAUGUUGGGACCAAAUCAAUACCAUGUCCGUCGUGAAGAAGUUCGCGUUUCCGCUUUGGACUUGCUCAACUCUUCCGUUAACGGAAAGAUUACAGAAGCAGGUGCAAGAGCAAAUGUGACUGCAUUGUUGGGUUAUUGCACAAACUGGUUGAACGGUGUUGGAUGUGUUCCAAUUGCAAACGCAAUGGAAGAUGCAGCAACAGGUGAAAUUAGUCGUUUGAUGUUAUGGCAAUGGCGUUAUCAUAACCAAAAGACUGCCGAAGGUACACCAAUCACUGCUGAAUUCAUUGAUCGUUUGGUUGAUGAUGAAGGUAGCAAAUUGCAAAAAUUGGGAAGUCGUUCAGUCGAUAUCGCAAAGAGAUUUAUCAAAGAAGAUGUUCGUUCAAACGCUCCUGCCGAAUUCUUAACUUCUUCUUUGUACAGCUUCUUGCCUCAUGACCGUGCUCCAGCCCGUAUUUGAUGUGUUUGUUUUUGUUAUAUUCUCUUAAUUUAUCUCUCAUCAGCGACAAUGAAAAAUAUUGUUAAUCUAUUUACAGUGUGUUUUCAUUCUUAUUCACCAUAGUCUUUAAUUUUAAAUGGCAUUCAACGGAAGAAUUUUUUCAAUCUUUC